AAGACAGUUUAACCCUCAUGUGGGCCCCACCCCCCAAGCAUUCCGAGAGGUGUAGUACAGAUGGCAGAGAAAGCGUCGACGUGGCCCCCCGUCCUGUCGUUCCCGCCAUUAACCCACACCUCCACUCGCGCCACUACCAUACCACCACCAAUCCCCUCCUCCUCUUCGUCUUCCUCGCGCCGCCGGAUCCCAACAGCCACGAGCCCCUCGCUAUAAAUUGCAGUGCAGUGCUCGCUCUCGAGCUCGGUCGCCACGCACCAAAACCAAGAACAGAAGAAAAGAGAACAGAGAAACUCGCUGUGAUUGACUGACUGGUCGGAGGAUGGUGGUGGCGAGUUUGAUGGAGGAGGAGGUGGACGGCGGCGGGGCGGUGUUCCUGGUGCGGGAGUUCGACGGCGGCCGUGACCGGGCAGGCGUCGAGCAGGUGGAGUGCGCCUGCGAGGUGGGACCCAGCGGCGGCAAGCUCUGCCUUUUCACUGACCUCCUCGGCGACCCGCUCUGCCGCGUCCGCCACUCGCCGGCCUACCUCAUGCUUGUCGCGGAGGUUGUGGGCGGGCCGCUCGGCACGGAGAUUGUCGGCGUCGUCCGCGGCUGCGUCAAGACUGUUGCGUGCGGCCGCAGCCAGCUGUUCUCCAAGGUCGCCUACCUCCUCGGCCUCCGGGUGUCGCCGCGCCAUAGGCGGCGAGGGAUCGGGAGGAAGCUGGUGGAGAGGAUGGAGGAGUGGUUCCGGCAGAUGGGCGCCGAGUACGCCUACGUCGCCACCGAGUGCGACAACGAGCCGUCGGUGCGCCUCUUCACCGGCGCCUGCGGCUACGCCAAGUUCCGCACGCCGUCGGUGCUCGUGCACCCGGUGUUCGGCCACGACCUCGCGCCGUCGCGGCGCGCCUCCGUCGUGCGGCUCGACGCGCGCGAGGCCGAGCUACUCUACCGCCGCCGCUUCGGCUCCGUCGAGUUCUUCCCGCGCGACAUCGACGCCGUGCUGUCGAACGCCCUCUCGCUCGGCACGUUCCUGGCCGUGCCGCGCGGGACGCGGUGGCGCGGCGUCGAGGAUCUCCUGGCGUCGCCGCCGGCGUCGUGGGCGGUGGCCAGCCUGUGGAACUGCAAGGACGCGUUCCGCCUCGAGGUGCGCGGCGCGCCGCGGCUGUGGCGCGCGGCCGCCCGCGCCACGCGCGUCGCCGACCGCGCCGCGCCGUGGCUCGGCAUCCCGUCCAUCCCCAACCUGUUCGAGCCGUUCGGCCUCCACUUCGUCUACGGCCUCGGCGGCGACGGGCCCGCCGCGCCGCGCCUGGCGCGCGCGCUGUUCCGGCACGCCCACAACGUGGCGCGGCGCGCCGGGGCGCGCGUGGUGGCCACCGAGGUCGGCGCCCGCGAGCCGCUUCGCGCCGGCGUGCCGCACUGGCCGCGCCUCGGCGCCGACGACCUCUGGUGCAUCAAGCGGCUCGCCGACGGGUACGGCGACGGCGCGCUGGGCGACUGGAGCAAGGCGCCGCCGGGGAAGUCCAUCUUCGUAGACCCAAGGGAGUUUUAGCUCAACAUCCAUCGCUCUACUCCAAACAGUACAUAGUUUCAUCUGUCGAUUAUCUGCCGUAGAUCACGCAUCCGACGGCCAAGAGUUGACGAGGACCGUCGUGUAAUUUCGCUGUUUUUGUGAGGGUAUAAUUAAUGAAUCUGUUCAUAGUUACAUCAGUGGAAUAUACCCGUCGAUCGCUUUUUUACGUUUGGCUUAAUCUGUGUUCACU